AGCUUCAGGCAACACUACUAUUUUUUUUUGCAGUAGGACUAAAUUGCUGGGAAUGGGAGAGAGUGAACCUUAGCUUUCAGGACCAGGACCAAAAACUGCAGCUGCACAGACAAUCGAGCGCAAUGUCAAGUUUACAACGUACAAUCCUCAAGGGCAAAUUGCCACCCACAAUUCCAAGUGGGCGAAUCGGAAGAGCCGAUUCCUUUAAAAAGUCACGCAUACGUGACUACAAACCGGGCAUGUGGAAUGAAUUCUUUGCUGACAAGGAGGACGUCAAGGUAGACGAGCAACGCACUUUUCGCGUCUAUCGUACCAAGAAGCCCGAAAAGUCAGGCCCAGUAUUGUUGUUAUUGCAUGGAGGAGGCUAUUCGGCUCUUACCUGGGCUCACUUUUGUUCGGAAGUGACUCGCAUGAUACACUGUCAGUGUUUGUGCAUCGACUUGAGGGGCCACGGAGAUAGCAAAGUGGAUGACGAGGACGACCUAUCGGCGGAUACGUUGGCCAAGGAUAUUGGCGAUUUACUUACAAAACUUUAUCCGGAGGAUAUGCCACAAAUCUACGUUGUGGGCCACUCAAUGGGUGGUGCCAUUGCCGUGCAUUUCGCUCACAUGGCUUUGGUGCCCAAUCUAAUUGGGAUCACUGUCAUCGAUGUAGUUGAAGGAACGGCCAUGGAGGCUUUAGCAAGCAUGCAAAGCUUUUUGCGUUCGCGUCCGAAAUACUUUCAGAGCAUACCCAAUGCCAUCGAAUGGUGCAUACGCAGUGGACAAGUUCGUAAUGUGGACAGUGCCAAGGUGUCCAUGCCUGGGCAGAUAAUUAACUGUACAACGAAUCAACUGGCAACGAAUGACCUGCCAUUGCCCGAUGAUGUCCUCGAGGAGGCCCACCACACUAGUAUGUUCCCCAAUCCAUUUAGCAUUUCUGAGGAUGAGGAAACUGGCCAAACUGGCGAUGAUACUGAUGCAAGUGGCGAAGGUGCAGCAGCAGCGGCUGGCAGUGCGGACUUUAAGAAACCUAUCACCACCAAGGCUAUGACAGAUGCAGCUAAAAAUUACACCUGGCGAAUUGAUCUGUCUAAGUCAGAAAAGUAUUGGGUGGGAUGGUUUUCUGGGCUCAGCGAGAAGUUUCUGAAUUUGCGCUUGCCCAAACAGUUGCUAUUGGCCAGCAUUGAUGGCCUUGAUCGCACUUUAACGGUGGGCCAAAUGCAGGGACGCUUUCAGAUGCAGGUUCUAGCCCGUUGUGGUCAUGCCGUCCACGAGGACCGUCCACAUGAGGUUGCCGAGGUUAUAAGCGGCUAUUUGAUACGUAAUCGUUUUGCGGAGGCGGCUGGAGAAUUCCGCUGCCAUAUGCCAUCCUGUUAAAUGAGCUAGCUAAAACAUGAGUUAUUGCAGAGGGGGGGGAAGCUGCAGGCGAAGGCGAAAGGUGGUAGACGGUUAGCACAACUAAAAAACACAAACAAAAACAGAAAUGUGUCUAUUUUUGAAUGGAGCAUUACAUUUUAUCUAUAUACAAUUUGUAGUAUGUAGGAGAAGCAGCAGAUGAUUUACAUGCAUACACAUACAUACAUACAUAUAGCCGAUAUUUAUAUAUAUAUAUAUAUAAAUAUAUAUAUUAUACCUAUUAACAUACUCCCAAUAAUUUAUUCGAUAAAUUUAAAUUAAAUCUCAUGAAUUUUCCAACUAUUGUACUUUAUGCUCAUUUUGCCAAAUUCUAAUGAACAGAACCAUGAAAAGUAUUUGCGUUUUGGGCUUCUUACAUUGUUAAAAAUGUGUGUGUGUAAUGUACCAUAUAUGUAUUAAAUGUGUGCCAGAUUAAGUUAAAACAUUGAAACAAAAAGGCAAAAACUACAAAAAUAUAACAAAUUCCUUGUAAACGAAAUUUAAUCUUUAAUUAUGUAUGUAACAACAGCGAAUAAGUUAAAUAAACGCUAUAUUAAUCAAAAGGAA